GGGAUGGGAUGGGUGAUAUCAUGGAACCCAAAUGACAACACAUCCGCGAAUCUCGCCUGGUCUUGACGAUGUAAAAUAAUCCUCAGGCUGGGCUGGUAAUUUUCAGGCUGUGUGGACUGACGCCUAUCAACAAUGCUCUAUCCAAGCAGCAUUCUAGCUAGUAAUUCUCAAUGGGGCGAGCUUCCGGUGGGUUCGUGGGUUCGUGGCCUCGAAGAGCACCUACCGAAUCGCGACAUAUUACUAAGGCCAUAGUUGAAGUAGCAUUGCUAGUUGCAUAUACAAAGGCCUAUAGUUGCUGCUAGAUAUAAUGAUAUUUAAUCCCUGGUGGUCACCCCUCAAAUGCUGCUGCAUAGAUUUACGAAAGAGCAGUAUUUCCUUGGACAUAGCCUUCGUUGAAGAGAAGCCAACCUUGCUCUGAAGCUUGCAUCUUCUGCAUCAUUCAAGAUGGCAGACCAGCCAGCCUUUCAUUUCGACGAUACACCGUCCGGUCACGAUGCCAGCAAGCGGCUAGAAGGCCCUAUUCAUGCCGAGAAGGACAUGCGCAUUGUGAUCAUCGGAGCUGGAGCAUCAGGUCUCCUCCUAGCUUACAAACUUCAGAAGGACUUUCAGAAUAUCAGCUUCACAGUGUAUGAGAAGAAUCCAGCUGUAGCAGGGACAUGGUACGAGAAUAGGUAUCCAGGGUGUGCCUGUGACGUCCCGGCACACAACUACACCUGGAGUUUUGAGCCAAAAAGUGACUGGUCAUCAGUUUACCCUCCUGCCGAAGAGGCGUACGGCUACUUUGAAGGAUUCGCCCAAAAGUAUAACCUACAGCGAUAUGUCCGUCUACAACACCAAGUUAUUGGGGCCUACUGGAAAAGCGACACAGCAGGAUACGAGAUACGGGUCAAGGAUACGGCUAAUGAUGCGUUGAUUACCGAUCACUGCAACAUUCUCAUCAAUGCGGGUGGUAUCCUUAAUCACUGGCGCUGGCCUGACAUUACGGGUCUAGACAACUACAAGGGAAUCCGCUUGCAUACAGCCCAUUGGGACCAAUCCGUUGAGUUAGAGGGAAAGCAUGUUGGUCUUAUCGGCAAUGGAUCGUCGGGCAUCCAAGUCCUACCUGCGAUUCGAGACAAAUGCAGCAAAGUCACUACAUUUAUUCGCAAUCCCGCAUGGGUUUCGCCGACCGCUGGUCUUGAGCAACGUGCAUUCAGCGAGGAAGAAAGGUCUACUUUCGAAAAUAAGCCUGGCGCUCUGCUCGAGUAUCGAAAAACUAUCGAGAAUGGCCUCAAUGGAUCAUUCGGCCUGUUCCUGAAGAAUCACAAGAUACAACAGGAUACCCAAACUUAUGUGAAUGGUCAAAUGGUGGAAAAGAUUAGAGAUGAGAACCUGAUAUCGAAACUAACUCCCAAAUUCAGCCUUGGGUGCCGUCGACUCACACCGGGUGUCAAUUAUCUAGAGUCUCUGACUAUGCCCAAUGUUGAAGUUGUCUGCGGAGAAAUCAAGGAGAUCACAGAGCGCGGCUGCUUAUGUGAUGACGGCAAAGAGUACGCCGUCGACAUACUUAUCUGUGCUACUGGUUUUGAUACGAGCUUCCGGCCUCGCUUCCCUAUCGUCUCACACACGGGAGAGAAUUUGCAAGAUAAAUGGGCGACGGAUCCCCAGUCAUAUCUAGGCGUGGCUGUUGCAGGGUUCCCGAACUAUAUGACUGUAUUAGGGCCUAAUUCCCCUGUCGGCAAUGGUCCUGUUCUCUAUGGCGUCGAGGCCCAGGCAGACUGGAUUUGCAGGUUUGUCGACCAGUAUCAGACCACCAAUAUGAAGAUGUUCAUGCCGAAAGAAGAGGCCGUCCAAGACUUUGUGCAGUACAAAAACCACUUUAUGAAGCAGACAGUGUGGGUGGAUGACUGUCAUUCGUGGUACAAAAACAGGGGCAACGGACAGGUUACUGCCUUGUGGCCGGGGAGCACGCUUCACUAUGUCGAAGCGUGCAAAAAUCUUCGUCUCGACGACUUUGAUAUAUCUUAUUCCGGCAACCGCUUCGCAUGGCUAGGAAAUGGGUACUCACAGACAGAACUCGACGAAACGGCUGACUGGGCAUAUUACAUCCGCGAGCAUGACGAUAGCCCCCCUCUUUCUACCGCUGGGCAGAGAAAGUUGCUCACGGAGAGUGGCACGGUCAAAGAACGUACAUUGGUCAAGUACUCUUGAGCACAUCAUCAAGCAGGUCAAACCUAUAUAUACAACUAUUGAAAACAUCUAAUACACAAACUCAGUGUCUCAACAACUGUAGCCGAUGAAGAUGAUUGACCUGGGAAAGGGUAUCGCCAGCCAUCUUCUAUAGCUGAGUUGAAUAGGUGCUGCCUGCAUAAGACACUUCCUCUUGAGUAACGCUAACUCUAAUCAAUUUUCGUCCUUUGAGUUGUUAUGACUAAGUGUGUUACAUGCAUGUUCAUGUAGCAUGUU